AUGCAAGAUUCUAUGCCCCUAUACGUUUACAAAAUUCUACCGUCUGCUUGUCCUGUCCGAGAACCACUUCCCGACCGCCUUCCAGUCAGCCUUACCGAUCAAUCUUCAGGGUUCAUACACCUCUUGACGGCGCUGCAAGUUCCAGAAGCCCUUAAACGUAUAUAUAAAAGUGAGCCAUUGGUAUAUGUCUUGCGAAUCCCGUACCACAAGGUUUUACAAGACAUUUGCUGGGAGAUAGCAGACGGUGCGUUGAGCGAGGCUCUGUCGGAAGAAGAAUUGUGUCCACAUCUGUAUAAUGGGCUUAAUCUUGGUCGGGACGACGUUGAAAGCAUCGCCGUGUGGAUAAACGAGCAUGGGUGGGAAAAGGUUCUAUUGCAAGCUGGCCCGUGGCUCUUGUAUUGA